AUGGAAAUAUCAUCAAAGGGUCUUCUCACACAAGUUACUCAGUUCUGGAACCUCUUAGAUGACCUGGCUGAAAAUGAUCCUGAGCGCUAUGAGAAGUUCAUUCAGCAGCAGCUGAAAGAGGGAAAACAGUUCUGUUCUGCCCCUGAGCCACAGUUCUGUCUAGAGACCAAGAUUCUGAAACCAAGAGAAAAAACAGUUUUCAUUAACUUCUGUCAGUGGAAAAGGAUCCCGGCUCCACAGUCAGCCAUUCACCCAGUACCUAUCAGUGUUGGCAGACCAGAAGAUAUUUCUGAGACCUCAGAUGUUUACACAGUCAUCAAUGUUGCCUACCAUCCUGAUAUUCUCCAGGCAGCAGACAAGGACCAAAUUAAAAAGGAUCAGUUGAUACGGAUGGCUAUGAAAUGCAUUGAGGAACGAUUCCAAUUCACUCUUUCAUUUUCCUACAAUAUUAUAGAGCAUAAAAUAAAAGGAAGCUUUUUAGGGAUGAAACAGAAUUUGAUGGGAAUUCACACUGACGCCACAGAUUUCACAGAGAAAAGGGAACUUACCCUUGAACAGAUAAAUAGUUCUGUGAACAGUCCUGAUUGCUUACCUCAGCUUAAACUUCCAAAGACUCAAAUCUCAGGCAAAACACGAUGUCUGAUUGAGGAGAUUUGCAGUACUGAGUUCCAGGUAGAAAAGAAGACACCAAACUAUGAAUUAAAAAUUGUCAAGGAUCUGAAUGAAAAGCCUGUAAAAAUGGAAUUGAUGGUUGAAUUACCUGGUAUUGAGUCUGUCUCCCUGUGUGAACUUAGUGUCUCAGAGGAUGAUUUAUUGAUUGAGGCCUCUGAUAAGUACAGAUUACAUCUCAAUCUUCCCGAACCUGUUGAUACUGAAAGGACUACAGCAAAAUUUUUUAAAGAAAGAGCUAUCUUAAUCAUCACAAUGCCUUUGAUAUAA